AUGUCAACCGACCGUUCACACUCUCCUACAUCCACAUAUCCUAAUCACUAUCGCCGUGGUUCUCUCACGCCGGGUGCCUCCUUUACCGAACUCUUUGCCAUGACCAAAGGUUCUGGGGCAAAUAUGAAUCUACAGGCAGGGAGCCCACCGUUCCCCAGUCCCAUCACGACGGCUGUUGCCAAUGCUCAGUCGAACCAGCAACGACGCCUGUCUAUUACCACCUUGGGGCUGUCCGGGUCCCCAACGCAGACGUCUCCGUUUGGAACUCGAGCCAUGCGGCGUGAAAGCCUGUCGAGCUCGGUAGGGUCCAACUCUGCGAGCCUCGAAGAGGCCGUGGAUGAUGUCGAAAACACCCCUCCCAACAGCCAAGCCUCUCCGUUCGCAAGGCGUGUUUCGUUUAGCGCCCAAGCGUUACGUGAGGUUCGCGGUGGAAGCGGAACUGGAAAUGGUAGAUAUUCCUCUUCUGGACCAUAUCCCAUGGCGGCGAAGCACCAGACCACAUGGCUGGCCAACCCUAAGAAUCCUUCCUCUGCAUCCUCAGCCGCUGCAAGUACUAGCAAAAGUUAUCCCAAGAACAAUAGAUCUAACCUAUCCUGGCGACCACUAGGCGAGGGCUUCAACUGGUCUGAGGCUCUUCGGACCAGGGCCGAGCGUGCCCCUUCAAUCGCGGGAAUGUUCUCCACGUCACCCCAGACUCGGCAAACAUCUCCAGUUAGUCCGCGAGCUCAUCACCAGCGAGCGGCCUCAAUCGCCAUCAUGGAGCAGCCGGCACGUGAAAUACCAAAGGAACCCAGACAGAACAAGCCUGACUUCUUCCAAGAGAAGAUCCUACGGGCUGACUUCAUGGAUUAG